CUAGGAGGAUAUACCGGACCUGGUUCAGAAGCCUACCACACACCCAGCGUCUCAGAACCACAGAGUGUGGCUGUGGAUAGUGUGGGGGCCUACAACCCCACCACCCCUGGUGCCUUCCUGGGCCAUGAUACACCCAGUGUCACCACACCCGGCACCACCGGCGCCUAUCCGCAAACUCCGGGGGUCUCUUUGAGGGUAAAUUCGUACGCUAACCCCUCCACCCCAGCGUAUGCCAAUCCAUACAAUCCCAGCACUCCGGGUGUGAUGUACAACCCUGCCACCCCAGGAACCGGGUCAUACAACCCAAGCACACCGGGCAUCAUGGGCGACCCCAACACGCCCAGUGACUUCAAUCCCAGCACGCCUGGGGCUGUUGGUACACCUGGGGUCCACGAUGAAGACUUCGAUGACAUAUGGACCGUUGUGGGUGCGGAAGUGUCCAUUCGAUCAGGAGCAGACCAAGGACACUACGCCGCAAUUACCAGCGUGGAUGGGGCACACGCUACUGUCAAGCUAUAUG